UAUGAUGUAACACAGGCUCGGGAACAAGGAAGUGACAACCUUGUCACCUGCUAGCUAGCUACACACCAGUGCAGUUUGCCAACUGUAUAAACGACAAUAAAGUUAGUUUCUAAAAAUGGCAGUUAGCGCAGUUCAUCUCGAAUCGGAUGCGUUUUUGGUGUGCAUGAAUCAUGCAUUAAGUACCGAGAAGGAAGAAGUAAUGGGACUCUGUAUUGGGGAGGUGGACACCAACCGCAUUGUACACAUCCAUUCUGUGAUUAUCCUUCGUCGUUCGGACAAGAGGAAGGACCGUGUAGAAAUCUCACCCGAGCAGCUGUCAGCAGCUUCCACUGAAGCAGAGAGGUUAGCAGAGAUGACUGGACGACCCAUGCGCGUUGUCGGUUGGUACCACUCUCACCCCCACAUUACUGUGUGGCCAUCACAUGUAGACGUGAGGACACAGGCGAUGUACCAGAUGAUGGAUCAGGGCUUCGUGGGCCUGAUAUUCUCCUGUUUCAUAGAAGAUAAGAACACCAAAACGGGACGAGUACUGUACACCUGCUUCCAGUCUGUGCAAGCUCAGAAAGGCUCAGAUUACGAGAGAAUUGAGAUCCCUAUUCACGUGGUUCCUCAUGAAGCCAUUGGGAAAGUGUGCCUAGAAUCAGCGGUGGAAUUACCCAGAAUCCUGUGCCAGGAAGAACAGGACACGUACAGGAAGAUUCACAGCUUAACUCACCUGGAUCCAAUCACUAAAAUUCACAACGGCUCAGUGUUCACUAAGAACCUGUGCAGUCAGAUGUCCGCCGUGAGCGGCCCGCUGCUGCAGUGGCUGGAGGAUCGUCUGGAGCAGAACAAGCAGAGCAUCCUGGAGCUGCAGCAGGAGAAGGACAGACUCACACACGAGCUGGCGGCCAUGUGAGGGG